UGAUGACAGUCCAAACGAUCGUGUUUAUGAAUUCCAUAAAAGCCCCAUAUGACAUACAUUUUAAAGGAAUAAGUUAAAUUUACAAUAUUUAGCACAAAUCACGACUCAGUGUGUACUAUAAUAUGGGUGUCCACCAAUGAUCUCAAUUUAAACAGGACAUAAACAUUACAUGAUACAGCUUCUGUAGGUGUAUGAACUCCUACUUGUAGUAUAUGGCCUCCACAAUUAGGAAGCACUUACAACCAGUUGCUACAGUGAUUUUAAGUGAAGAGGUUGUUGUUCUGCAAGAUAAGCACUCUUAUGCAAUUAUGGGUGUCCUGUUUACUUGAUCUCACGUCUGCUAGGGUCAAUAGAGACCAAUCAUUGGCACCUAUAAUUGGGGAGUUUCUGCAUAAAGUAGGAGUUCAAAAGCUUAUUAUUGCUAUCGCCAACCUUUGUGUGGGUGAAGUAGUCUACUAUAGUUCAAAUGGUGUUUUGUCUGCACAUACUGACAUAUUAAUUUAUACAUGUACAUUUGUAUAUAAAAGAGAAUGUCUGGAUACUUUCUCUUCCUUGUUGUAGUCCUUGCCUUCAUGGCUGCCACUGGUUAUGCCAAUGAUUCUUGUUGCGGCAAUGGGCCUGUCUAUUGUCUUAAAGCAACAAAAGAUGUCUUCCUGGAAGUUGGAUCAAGAAACAUGAACUCGUACAAGUUUCUUAUAUUUGGCAAGCAUCCUGGUUUUGUCAAGAAAAGGAUUCUCAUUCAGUUUGGUGACAUACCUACAGAAUGUGAUAAAAUUGUUUCAGCAAAACUUUACUUGAAGUAUUGGUAUUCGCACAAAGCCAGCUAUAUAAAAACUUUAGUUAAUAUCAAUAGGACAGUUCAAGUCCAUCAGAUCAAAGAAGAUUGGACAGAGUCGCAGGCAACAAGUACUUAUCGCAAGACUGGAGUAAAAUGGAGCAAACCUUAUCUUGCUCUUGAUGGGACUGAUGCAAAUCCAAAUACUUUGGACACUGUUAUCUUCCCUCCUACUAAAUCAUGGCUUCAACUGGAUAUCACUGAAGCAGCACAAAACUGGAAGAAUGGAGAGGAAAAUUAUGGAGUUGUUAUUUGGACAACAAAUGAGAAUGAUGAUGCACGGGACAUUCGCUUUCGUAGCCGUGAACACAGCACUGAUAAGCCAUUCCUCUCCAUCUUUUGCAACUGAUUCUAAACUGAUUUGAGUUAGUCAGGUCAUGAACUUGAAUUUUUUUACAAGUAGUUUUGUUUUUAGGCCAUUUUUUGAUAUUUUUUGUAUUAAUUAAAAGAAUUAAUUUCACAAGUUAUUUGAACUUGAACUUAA